AUGGCUCGGAAAGGUCGAUUCAUGAAAAAAUCAAAAUUGGGACCAGGAUCUCACCAGUCUCAAACGGGAGCGAAUGCGACUUUGGACUCCGACCAUGAUGGCUCUCAAAUUCUUCCAACCAAUGGCGAAAGUGUCCCCGCAAGUGGUGAUAGUGUUCCCGCUACUUCACGCCCUUUCCGUCCUCCGCGAAAUGAACCAAGGAGGCUCCACAGACGAGCACAAAUAGAACCUCUUGUUGAAGAAGAAGUUGACGAGCUCCAUGAUGCUCUUGUGGUUCAGAGUCGCAGAGGACGCAAGACUACAGAGUUUUGGACUGUUAAGAUCAUAGAUUCUAAGGGCACAAUCAAGCCGGCAAAACUAAGCGUGAGGGAUGCUAUGGCACGACCUAACGGUAGGAAGAUCGUGCUUAGGUUUAUCAACACAAAUCAAGCAGUUGGAGACGAAGCUGGACUGUUGAGUGGUGUGCUUGGUCUGUUGGGAUCUGAUUAUGGAAAAUUUCCCUUCUGUAGGAAAAGUUGGCAUCAGAUUACCACUAAAGACAAAUUUUAUAACGAAUGUGUCAAGGCUUGGAAGGAAACAAGGAUGAGGUUGUAUGACCGUUUUUAUGAGCCAACAUUCACUACUGAUCAAAAUCUUGAGAAUCGACCACCGGGAAUUGAUCGAGAGCAUUGGAGAUGGUUCCUUGACUAUCGCGCCGAACCUGAGACGAAGGAGAAGUGCAGGAAAAACACGGAGAAUCGAUCAAAACAACAAUAUACCCACACUGGCGGUUCGAAAAGCUUCGCAAGGCGGAUGGAAGAGGAGGAAAGAAUUGAGGAAAUUGAGCAACAGGAUGAGUCUGCCAGAAUGUUGUCUCAAAAUGACUCCAUUGCUCAGGCAAAGCUGGAAGGUGAGAAGUUGAAGAGGAAGGCGAUGGAGGACAAGGCAGCAGCAGAGAAGAAAAAGAUGAAAGUAAUGGAGGACGAGGCAGCAGCAGAGAAGAAAAAGAUGAAGGCGAUGGAGAGUGCUCUGGUUUAUCUGUUUCAAAGGCAGGGUGUGGAGCUACCACCAGACAUCGCUGCAGGGAUGAGUUUCAUGGAAUGA